GAGGAGUUUUGUGCCUCUGCUGACCUUUUGCCCUUCGUUACAGGCUAUGCUAACGAAGUCGGGGAGUCCUUCAGGGCGAUUGUGCCCGUCUCGUUGGUCUGGGCCAGCUAUGGCGUGGCAACGGUGUACGUGACCGCCGAUGCUGUGGACAAAGGGAAGAAAGCAGCCACGGCCACGCCAAAGGAAGAUGGACGGACCACGCGAGCCGCCGUGGCUGUCGUGGACACCUUUGUCUGGCAGGCCCUGGCGUCCGUCAUCAUUCCGGGGUUCACCAUCAACCGCAUCUGUGCAGCCUCCCUCUACCUCAUGGGCCGCAUGACCCGCUGGCCCCUGUCGGUCAGGAAGUGGACGACCACGGCCGUCGGCCUCUCGGCGAUCCCUUUCAUCAUCAAACCCAUUGACAG